UGUAAAGGUUGUCCAUAUGUCUAACACAGUUUGAAAGAAAUGUUUAUUUCUAUCUUAUUAGACAAAUACGAUAAGCUUUUAUUUUGACAUUGCCAAAGGACCGGAUGUAUUUUAUUUUGAAGGCGAGUUACAUCCUUGUGAGAAACGGAAGCUUGACCGCGAAAGUUACGAAGAAAACGUGUAUUGCAAGGUGCAUAAAGCUAACGAUCAAAGGACAAUUAUGAACUUUAGCACUAGUCGAAAGUGGUAACGAGGUAAACAAAAGGUUGAUUUUCCUUGAAGUAUAUUUACUGCAAAUUUGAGUUAAUUGUAAUUUUGUUCUUUUCUGUUUACUCUGUAAAGCUCUUACGUUGGUUUAUUGUGGUGUCGAAGAAUUCACGGAAUAAACCACUUCAGACCACCAGUAAAGACUCUUCUUCAUUCGACUGACUGCUACAGUAAGAGCUCGACCUGCCGCCAUGCUGCACAACGUGGUAAUACCAUCUCCAUGUGAACCCCAAUAACAGCAGACGGCAAAGGUUGGUCUUGAACGUGAUUGAAAAGGUAAAGAAAAAAGGGAGAGAAAUUUACCUACAUAAACUCAAGAUGGAGGAUGCUAAAGGCACUGAACAGACAUUUAGUUCUCAAAAUGCAGUUGAAGAGAACAGUGCAUUGCUUCAAACGGCUUAUGAAGAUGCAACUCGUCGUUCUGUACGUGCAAGAGUGCUAACAGAAAAGAUGCUAGCUUACAAUAAGGAAGAAUUAAGCAAAAAGGAAAAAAGGCUGACAAGCUUAUAUGAGCAAUGGAAGGCACAAGCCCGUCAGACACGGGAGGAAUUAAAGUCAGACAUUACAGAAACUCAAAUGUCAUUGCUGGCAGAUGUCUUGGAAAAGGGAAGAGAUGACCUUUUAAAACUUUACGAUGACAUAAGAAAGCAUAUAGUACCUACAGCCGAAUUAAGAAGAAGGAUUGAUGCAUGUGAAGCAGUAACACGUGACAUUAUCAAAAUCAUACAUGAAAGACUAACAGGCAUUGAUGGAGAUUAUGAUGAAGAGAAGUCACAUGUUCGUCUCCGAGAGCUUUUGCAUUAUGAUUACGCCUUAUCUAUCUAUGGUUCUACCGCUGCACAGUCAACUGUUAGCCAUAGCUCGUCAUCUUCUUACAUUGCAUCAAAACGUGCUGAUGCAGCUGCUGAGCUUGCUGCAAAGGAAGCAGAAUAUAAGAUUACUCAAGAAGAAAGAAAACGUAAAGAAAGGAUUCAAGCUCUAAAGGAACAACAUGAAAGGGAACUUGAAGUUCAAAGGUCUGAGCUGGAACGCCUACAAGCAGAAAGGGAAGUGGAGGCAGCAAGAGCAAGACUACAAGCCUAUGACAGGGAAAUGAGAGGUGAUGUCCAUUCUGUUAAGGUUGAACAGGCUAACCCAGAUCCCUUAUCAUCUGCUGUAGAACAGCCUUCGCAUGAAAGUAACCCCACUCCUUCUCUUCAUGUUGCUGAACUAGCCCAAGCACUGCAGGANUCUUCAUGUUGCUGA